AUCAACUCCCUUCUGCUCGUUCCAUAACAGCAAGCCGCCCGAUCAAGACAGUCUCCAUGGUGCGUGCAACAGUACUAUAUCACUAAAGCGUCCUCUUCUGUAAUUUCAUUAGAGGUGCUGGCUGAGAGUCGCAAAGAUAAAAGGUCGACCCUAGAAAUGAGUAUGAGCAACUUAAAAGAAAUUAGCACGCAGCGUCCAUCUGCUCUGCAAGAUGAGCUUGAUAUGCUACAAGAAGAAAAUGAAAGUUUGCUUGAAAAGCUUCGACUUGCAGAGGAGAGGUGUGAGGAAGCAGAUGCAAGAGCUCGGCAGCUUGAGAAACAGGUUGCAACUCUUGGUGAAGGUGUAACUUUAGAUGCCCGUUUAUUAAGCAGGAAGGAGGCAGCAUUGCAGCAAAGAGAGGCUGCUCUGAGAGUUGCAGCACAAACUCACGGGAAUAGAGAUGAAGAUAUUGUUUCCCUUCAAACAGAAGCUGAGACUGCUAGGGACGAAGCAACAUCUGCUUUGGAGCUGCUCCAAGAAGCUGAAUCUGAACUUAAAUCUCUUCGGAUCAUGACUCAAAGAAUGAUACUCACUGAGGAAGAGAUGGAAGAGGUUGUUAUGAAGAGAUGUUGGCUUGCUCGGUAUUGGGGUCUAUGUGUUCAACAUGGUAUUCAAUCAGAGAUUGCUGGAGCAAAGUGUGAGUACUGGUUAUCAUUUGCUCCUCUUCCUCUUGAAGUUGUAUUAUCCGCUGGACAAAGUGCUAAAGAGGAGAACUUACCAGAAAGUGAUGAUGCUGAGGAAAGAACAAAAGCUCUAAGAGACUUGCGUGAAAUGUCUGGAGAGGGAAAUGUUGAAAGCAUGCUUUUAGUUGACAAAGGUCUGCGGGAACUAGCUUCAUUAAAGGUAGAGGAUGCCAUUGCCCUUGCCAUGGCGCAAAAUCGACAGAAGACUUCAUCAAAAUCUAGUACUUCAGGUGAUAUCAAACUGCUAUCUGAGGGACAAUUUGAAGCAUUUGCACUGAGUGAAGAGGAGUCUGAAGAUGUGCGUUUUAAGCAGGCUUGGCUUAUAUUUUGGAGAAGAGCUAAGAACCAUGCAAUUGAACCUGACGUUGCGGAUGAGCGUCUGCAGUUCUGGAUAAAUCACGGUGCUCGGUAUUCCAGUUCACAUGAUGCAGUUGACGUUGAGCGUGGUCUUUUAGAACUCAAGAAGUUAAAUAUCGAGACCCAGCUUUGGCAACGAUCUCGCAAAGGACUCGAGCAUGCUUCUGUUCCCAUAUCACAUAUGGAAACUGACUUUUGAUACACCGUCCGGCACUUCGGACAGUGUUCAUUCUUCUGUUUGUUCAUUAUACAAGAAAGGAGAAGAGCCUUGAUAUUGCUGUAUUUAUUUAUUUAUUGCAUUUUUUUUUUCCUUUUAAUCUCUUGAAUCUUGAAUCUACAGCCUGUAAGAUUUGAAUCAAAAAUUCUUGUGCGAUUGAUGUGAUCAGUAUGGCCGAAGGCCUUGAGAAAUAUGGGUUGACAU